AUGGACACUUUGUCGGGUCCGUCGGGGGUUUCACUGAAAAGACUAAAUAUAAAAAAUAAUUUAGCUGAACUUUAUCUUAAGAAACAGUUGGAUCAAUUUCAGAGGGAAAAGACUUUCAGUAUCUCUCAUAUCGACAGAGAUAGGUUCGACACGAGAGAUUUCCUGAAACAGAUCCAGAAAAUUGAAUCGGACAACAAUCAUGCAGCAAUCACAUACUUGGGGCGUGAACCAAACGCCAACUACAAGGAAAGACUUGCCAAAUUCCGAGGAUCAAUCGAGACUUUGCCAACCGCCGACACCACCGCCAGAGUUGAUCAUGACGUCAGCAAAGAAACAGUACAGCAACCACCAUACCGGCCAUCUGAAAUAAUAAAACCUUCCACGGUACCAACCGUCCACCCAAAAACCACAUUACCAGAUCCUCCAACUAAAAACUGUACCAUGCCAGAAAUCAAAAUAUCCAACCCAUCUCCAGAAAUGUUGGAUGCUGGUAACGAAACAAAGAACGAACAGAAAACAGUUAAACGUCCAGAGACUCUGCCAUUGUUGGGCACUUCGUUGACCAACAGACGUGGAUCUGUGUACCUGCAGAUUGCAGCAGUUGUGAAUACCCCAGAUGAUGCAAGUGUGUCAUCCGAAGAAAUGGACUCUGACGAGGAAGAAAAUCCCCAGAAACCGAAAAAAAUAUCAUCGCGAAGAAAAUCGUUCAUGGCAUGGAUUAACACGAAGAAGAAAACUUUUCCUUCUCUCCAACAUGUUGAUAAUAGGUCAAAAGACGAAGUCAGAAGGCAAUCGUUUUUCUCCUGGGUCGAAUCACGGGAGAGGGAAAAGCAGAAAGCGACAUUUGCCAUCUUAGAAGCCGACGAGGAGUCGAGUGACAUUGGUGAAUUAGAUUCACGGCCCCGUGUUCCCAGUGUUCGGCGUUGUGAAAGUUUAAACAUCAACCCCUUUAAGGCCAAAGCUCGACAGAUAAUGCAUACUUUAAGUUUCAUUCGUAAAGAACCUCUUAAUGCUAGACUUCAGAAGUUUUAUUCAAAGCUUGAAGAAAUCAAAAAGAGAGAUGAAAUGUCUAUGCGCGUAUUGAGCAGGAAUGCUUGUAGAAGUGUGCAAGAAAUACGAAGCCCAAGAUGAUAAUACCUU